UAUUAUGGGCGGUCUGGAAACAUAGUGAGAGGAUCUUCAGGUGCUUCAUUCUGCUGACAGCGAGGCUUGAUGUUGUUGAAAGCAGCACCGAUAUUGUUUACCAUAUUUUUUUUUUUUAAAAGAGAGAAAGAACAUCAACAAACUCCGAUUUACGUUUUGUGAAUUAGCGGCGCAUUUUUUUGGGAGCCAACAUGGGGAAAGUGGAAGGAGGAAUGAAAUGUGUAAAAUAUCUACUGUUCAUCUUCAACUUCAUAUUCUGGUUGAUGGGCUCGUUGGUCCUUGCGGUUGGGUUGUGUUUGCGGUUCGAUUCUGAGACCGUCACUCUGCUGAACGGAGACGGAGCGCCAGACACCUUCUUUUAUGGUGUGUAUAUCCUGAUCAUAGCGGGCAGUCUAGUGAUGUUGGUGGGAUUUUUUGGCUGCUGCGGAGCCAUACGAGAGUCCCAGUGUCUGCUGGGUUCGUUCUUUGCCUGCCUGCUGAUAAUCUUCGGCGCAGAGGUUGCUGCUGGUGUGUUUGGCUUCUUGAACAAAGACAAGAUAAUCGAAGAUGUCCAGAACUAUUACAUCAAAUCCUACAACGGCAACAACAACAACACAAUGAUACAAAACUCCUACCAUGAAGUUCUGAACUGUUGUGGGACGUCCCAGAGCGUCUGCCCUGAGGCCCCAGCUGACACCAAGGACUGUGAGGCGGGCAUCAAGGAGUUCUUCAACAGUAAACUCUACAUCAUCGGUUACGUGGGGAUCGGCAUCGCUGGAGUCAUGGUUAUAGGGAUGGUCUUCAGUAUGGUGUUGUGCUGUGCCAUCCGCAACAGCAGGGAGAUCAUCUAACCAGGCAGAGCUUCCAGUCCCCCCCAACAGCCCAACCCCGGUCCUCCAGUCCCCCCAACAGCCCAACCCCGGUCCUCCAGUCCCCCCAACAGCCCAACCCCGGUCCUCCAGUCCCCCCCCUCCAACAGCCCAA